AUGGCGCUUGCAAUCACAGGCCUUGUGGCCGGGGGCUGGACCGCCAUGGCCUAUGCAGACGCCAAGUUCCACCUGACCAAAGACCUGGCCGACAUCUGGAAGUCGCGGCGUGGGCGGCGAGAACUCGCGCGCGUAGUACAGUCCGAGAGAAUCAGUGCGUGGUACGCGUUCGAGGAGCAAUGUCACAAAAGCUGGAACAGGCGGGCCAUCUGGUGGAGAGAGCGCUCAUACACGUACGGGCAGAUGUAUCAGGCCGUGUGUCAGUAUGCGCAGUGGAUGCUACGCCAGGGGGUCAGACCGGGGGAGUUUGUCGCGGUGUACCUGGCCAAUUGUCCCGAGUUCAUGAUCAUCUGGUUUGCCUGCGUCUCACUGGGCGCGGCGCCGGCGCUCUUGAAUUAUAACCUCGAGGGCAAGGCUUUGCUGCAUUGUUUGGAGAUUUGCGAGACGAGAUUGCUCAUUGUUGGUGACUCGGUGCAAGGUGGGAUUGCGGAGGUGCGCGGGGAGAUUGAGGGCCGAGGGAUCAAAAUCGAGGUACUUGAUGCAGUGUUGAAAGAAUUGGUCUCGGCGAUGCCGUCGGAGAGAAUCCCUGAUGAUGCUCGACAGGGUGUCCAGGCCAAGGAUCCUUUUGCCUUGGUGUACACCAGUGGCACUACAGGUCUCCCUAAGGGCUGUGCAUUCGUGUACGACCGCAUGUACCUCAUGUGCGCCCACGACACACCCUUUGUCGGCGGAGUCCCCGCCCAGGAUCAAUGGUACAACUCCAUGCCGCUCUACCACGCAACAGGAGGCGUCACCAGCGCGCUCUGCUUGUGUCAGGGCAUCUCCAUUGCCCUCGCGCCCAAAUUCUCCGUCUCCCGGUUCUGGAACGACGUCCAUGACUCCGAAUCCACCUACUUCAUUUACGUGGGUGAAACUGCGCGGUACCUCUUGAACGCACCACAUCACCCGCUGGAGCGACGACACAAGCUCCGCGCAGCGUACGGCAAUGGCCUCCGACCGGACGUGUGGGCGAAAUUCCAAGACCGGUUCGCCAUCCCCGAGGUCGGCGAGUUCUUCAACUCGACCGAGGGAAUGUUCAGCCUCAUCAACCAUUGCCGUGGUCCGUACCUGCAGGCCUGCGUCGGGCACCAUGGCGUAAUGCUUCGGUGGUUGCUACGUAAUACGUACAUUCCCGUCCGGGUCGAUUACGAGUCCGGGGACAUCUGGCGAGACCCGCAGACCGGGUUCGCGCAGCGGACUUCAUACGAGGAGGGAGGGGAGAUGCUCGUGGCCGUCACCAGCAAGGAAGAUUUCCAGGGCUACUGGCGCUCGCCCUCCGCGACAGCCAAGAAGUUCUGCAGCGACGUCUUCAAAAAGGGCGACCUGUACUAUCGCACGGGUGAUGCGCUCCGGCGGGACGCAGACGGCAAAUGGCACUUUCUCGACCGGCUGGGCGAUACCUUUCGGUGGAAAUCCGAGAAUGUGUCAACUGCCGAAGUCAGCCUCGUGCUGGGCCAGUACCCCGGAAUUGCAGAGGCGAACGUGUACGGGGUUCUUGUGCCCGGCCAUGAAGGCCGUGCCGGGUGUGCGGCCAUCGACCUGUCUCCGGGCACCACGUCAGCCUCACUGGAUUAUACAGACCUGGUGACGUAUCUACGAAAGAGACUGCCUCGAUAUGCCGUUCCUGUCUUUCUGCGGCUGGUCAGCAGCAGCACCCAUAUUCACAACCAUAAGCAAAACAAGGUGCCGCUCAGAAAGGAGGGCGUGGAUCCGAGUCUCAUAGGGUCCGAAGCUGCGGAAGGCAAGGACGAUAUUCUCUUUUGGCUCCCUCCAGGUAGAAGCCAAUACCUCCUUUUCUCACCUUUUGAGUGGGAAAGUCUCGUUUCAGGGCAGGCAAAGCUGUAA